AGGCUUCUUAACGAGCUGAAUGGCCAUAGCGACGCCCCUUCUAUCGCCUGGUAGACUACCGGACCUAACCCCAGCCGCACGUGGUCCACCCGGCUUCUUCGACGCUGGCUCCCCCUUCUCGUGUAGUACUCUGCUAUUCACUGCUUCGAUCGGCAGCGGCGUCUUGGCUUUGCCCUCGGCCGCUAAGGACGUUGGCCUCUAUCUUGGUAUCUUUAUAUUGAUGGUCGCAGGGCUCAUCACAGCCAUCAGUGAUGCGAUCCUCGGCCAAGCCGUGAGCAUAUCUGGCCAGAAAACCUAUGGUGGUAUUCUCGCGUGGAGUCUGGCGAACAGUAAAGGCAAUCUUGACAGAGGCAACUAUAGACUACCAGCCUUCGACGCUUUUAUGACGGUGUACCAAGGAGCCGCUAUUGUCACUUACCUCAUUUUCCUCGGCGACUUCAUUCCAUCUGUCCUUCAAGCGUGGCUCCAGAUUUCCCUCAGCCGUACUCUAGCCCUGGUCAGCAUCGUUUACAUCGUCGUAUUGCCUCUCUCUGUGGGCAGCGAGAUCUCCUCCUUGAGGGCAGUUGGAUCCUUCAGCAUCUGGGUCAUGCUAUCUACUGCUGUCCUCGCCUUGUGCAAAAUACCAUGGUCAGAGUUAGACACGGACCGACCAAAUAACAUGACGCCUCUCGGCUUCAACUGGCGCCAAGUGAUGCAUGCCUUGUCUAUGGGCACGUUCGCCUACAUGAACCAAGUAAACGCAGUGUGCAUCACCUCUGAGCUCCACAAACCAACACGACAACGACUAACUGCUGUAUGCGGAUGGGCGGCCCUCGGUCUCUUUCUAUGCUAUGCUACCCUCCUAUCAGCAGUAUACCUAACUUUUGGCCAGGCAACCACCUCAAAUUUUCUUCAGAGUUACCCCCUAGAUGAUGUGGCUGUAAAUGCAUGCCGAGUUGCAGUCUCUCUGACACUUAUAUUCGCGUGUCCCCUCAAUUUGUUCCCGAUUACUAGCUCAUUCUUUCACGCCAUAGACCGGUGCCAUCUAGCCAAACACGCAGGAGUGCGGAUAUUGUUCAACACGGUCGUCCUCACUAUCUGCCUUAUCACAGCGAUCUGGGUCCCUGACGUUGGCUCAUUCAUCGGUUACGUUUCGGCUUACAUGGCUACACCAUUGAUGAUAACUAUACCGGCGUUUGUCUACAUCGCAUGCUGCCGGGCUGAGGAUGAUAUGCUCGCUCGAAAGGGAGUCGUCGUCGAACGGAACCUCUGUAGAAGGUCAAGUCGCAUGGUCAUCCCAGCAAUCGCCCUCUCACUCACUGUACUCUUAUGGACGGCCGCCACGGUGAAUAUUUUUGCGAGUCAGAAGGCUUGAUUAGCUCACUUCGUGACUGCGGCAAUAUGGAGAUUAUUUCGACGUUCGUAUCGUGCGGCCCUUUCAGGGGUCUUAAAUGCACACUUUCCCCUUACUGAAUCGGCGAA